GUAAAAUUAAACGAAAAGGGGAAAGCCAAACAAGUCUCAUUUCCUUUCUCUUGCAUCCUUCGUCGUACAUCUAUCUGUGUAUCUGAUAAGUUUUAAUGUUCCCUCAAGUUGAAUUGGCAAGGGGGACUUUGAUAAUUGACCAACCCUUUUUCUUUGAUCUUCAAUAAAUUACUAUUUCUUCAAGUUUGUGAUGGAGUUGAGGAACGGUGGUCUCUACAGUUCUCUCUUUGCAGCUUUGCUUUGCAGCUCCGUGGUUUGCGCAGGUGAUAUAGUUCACCAUGACGAUACUGCCCCGAAGAGGCCCGGUUGUGAAAACAAUUUCGUGCUUGUUAAAGUACCAGUUUGGGUAGAUGGCAAAGAAGUGGCUGAGUUUGUGGGUGUUGGAGCGCGAUUUGGGAAGUCCUUGGAAUCAAAAGAGAAGCGUGCCAACCAGACUAAACUUGCUCUUGCAGACCCUCCUGAUUGUUGCAGUACACCUAGGAAUAAGCUUGCGGGUGAGGUUAUCUUGGUACACCGUGGCCAUUGUAGCUUUGUCACCAAAGGAAACGUUGCUGAAGAUGCUGGGGCUUCUGCUUUACUUAUCAUAAACAAUGAAAAAGAACUAUUCAAGAUGGUCUGUGAAGCAAAUGAAACUGAUGUACGUGUUGGUAUACCUGUUGUCAUGCUCCCACAAGAUGCUGGACAAAGCUUGAAAGAAAGUAUGACUAACAGUUCGCAUGUAUCCAUUCAGAUGUACUCGCCACAAAGACCGGAGGUUGAUGUGGCUGAAGUGUUCUUAUGGCUAAUGGCUGUCGGUACCAUUUUAUGUGCAUCUUAUUGGUCUGCGUGGAGUGCCAGAGAAGCAGCUAUAGAACACGACAAGCUUGUAAAGGACGGUGCUGAUGAAUUCCUUACUGAUGAAACCGGCCACUCAAGUGGUGUUGUGGACAUCAACACAACUUCAGCUGUUUUGUUCGUUGUGAUCGCCUCAUGUUUCUUGAUUAUGCUCUACAAGUUGAUGUCGUCAGCAUUCAUUGAGGUUCUUGUGGUUGUCUUUUGCAUAGGUGGUGUAGAGGGUUUGCAAACAUGUCUGGUGGCUCUACUAUCAUGUUUCAGAUGGUUUGAACAUGCUGCGGAGACCUUCGUCAAAGUACCUUUUGUGGGGGCUGUGUCAUAUUUAACUGUUGGUGUUUCUCCAUUCUGCGUAGCCUUUGCAAUCUUAUGGGCUGUAUACCGCAAAACCUCCUAUGCUUGGAUUGGUCAAGAUAUACUCGGUAUUGCAUUGAUAAUUACCGUUCUCCAGAUAAUACGAGUUCCAAAUCUGAAGGUGGGAACGGUUCUCCUCGGUUGUGCCUUCCUGUAUGAUAUAUUUUGGGUGUUUGUCUCCAAGUGGUGGUUCCAUAAGAGUGUGAUGAUAGUGGUGGCUCGUGGUGAUGGAAGUGGGGAAGAUGGCAUUCCGAUGCUUCUCAAAAUCCCUCGUAUGUUUGAUCCUUGGGGUGGAUAUAGCAUAAUUGGAUUUGGUGAUAUCAUCUUGCCCGGACUACUCGUCACCUUUUCCCUAAGGUAUGAUUGGCUGUCCAAGAAAAGCCUGAAGGCUGGAUAUUUCCUCUGGGCAAUGCUGGCUUAUGGCUUAGGGCUUCUGAUAACAUAUGUGGCUCUCAACUUGAUGGAUGGCCAUGGCCAACCUGCACUGCUCUACAUUGUGCCGUUCACGCUAGGCACAUUGAUCUCAUUAGGGAAGAAGAGAGGUGAUCUUAAGCAUCUGUGGUCCCGGGGUGAGCCUGAUAGGCCGUGCUCCCAUGUUCGUCUCCGAUCAGACGAACAAUAAUUGAGCUAUGCCAUGUAACAUCUGGCGCCAAGAAGUUCCUCCGAGAAUAUGUUUAUGUAGAUACAUAUUAGAAGCCAAACUGAGAAUGAAGUGCUGCAGAUUGUAUGAUUCUGUUUUCUAACUUGAAGAAAGAGCUAUUUGCAAUU